AUGCCAGCUGAUCGUACAUGCCUUUGCUGUCGCAAACAAAAACGGAGAUGUGACAAGAUUCUCCCCCACUGUACUUUAUGUCGAAGACUGAAUAAGCGCUGUGUAUAUGGAGCUCCGGCGGCGGCCCCUCGCCUGCUGCCUGUGCCAGACUGGUCCGAAUUAACGCCCAUCAAUUUGUGUCACACUCUAGAAAAUCAGGUUUCCUCAAUCAUUGGCGAUGGACUGCGGCUGGAGGAGGCUACUGCUCUUUAUUUCCGAACGGUACACAGUUGGCUCCCUAUCCUGUCUGAGGCCAGGUAUAAGGCCCAGUUGGCCAGUGUGCGUGUCAAGAUUGGGGCUACCCCAGCCGACUUUAGUCUUUUGACCCUUUGCAUGUCUUUGGGUUUCGUGACUCUCUUCGAAACAAUGGGCACGAAGUCAUUGGAAACGCUACAGAGUCGAAUUCUCUUAACAAUCUUUGAGAUCGGACAUGCAUUUUAUCCGUCUUCGUAUAUCUCCGCCGCAGCCAAUAUACGCGCUGCAGUCAGCCUUGGUAUUGGCCCUUUAUGGGAGGAUUCUCAUACGGUCUACCAUGACCCACAGAAAGCUCAGGAGGCCCAAAACGCGUGGUACGCAAUAUUGAUAAUGGACAGAAUCAAUUAUGCUGAAACAAGAUUGCAUGGUAGCUAUGUCUCGCUAGAAAGUGGCCAGGCACCAGUGCUCAUCGAGCCCGCGCACCAAGACCUUGCCGAUGUGGAGCAGAAUGCAUUCACCAAAUUAUCCCGCGCAUCCCAGCUCCUGUACAAUUCAGAAAAUUGUGACAUACCGACGAGCACCAACCUUAAAGCUCACUCCCAUUCCAUACUUGAAGGAUAUACCAUCGGUACGAUUUUGACAGAAAAGGGGGCAUCCUUCCCAAUAAUUCGUGUAACAUCGUUUUGA